ACACAGUCAAGGCAGGCGCGCGCUCGCAGGGUGUCACAGCAGUGCGGCUCCAGUGUGUAUAAUACGGGCAUUAGUUAUAUAGUGCGCGCGCGCGCCUGAUUAUAUGUUGAUUGUUUGUUGGGUGUUUGUUGUAUUGUGUGCAUUUGUGAGCAGCUGCUCCCGGACGCACGCAGGCGCGCACGCGCAGCGCACAGGCAUAUAGGGUGCAGUUGGCGCGCGGUUCUGGAGAGUAGCAAGCAGCUGAAACCGAACCGAACCGAACCGAACAGCAGGCUGGAUCUGGGUCUCCUGAGGUUCGGAGGAGAGCUGGAGCUGGAGUGAGGGUCUGUUUGAGGCUCUCUCAGGUCAGGGGAGACACGCGAGAGGAUAUAAUGCCCAGUGAGAGAGUACUAAACACAGAAGUGAACUGCACUCCAGACCCAGAUGAAGCUCUUCGGAACCAAUCCGCUCGCUCCAGGAAGAGAAAGGCAGAUGUUGCUAUUCAUUUACAGGAUCUGGAUGAGGAGGUUACAGAGAUGACCAAAAAGAAGCCAUGCUCAGCACAGACCUGCUGGAUUCCCAGCACGACGUGCACCAGCCCGAGGAGGUGGAUCCCGUCUCCUGAUGAGGUUGAGGAACCGGUUGCUCUCAGCAGCGUGGGAUUUACUCAGUACGCCGCCAGAAACAUUUUUGUCACCCCCACACGACCAUCCCCACUGCCUUCCCUGUGCUGGGCGAGUAAAGACGAUGUGUGGAAUAAUCUGCUUAAAAAAGAUGAGCUGUAUUCACACGACACUCACGUAAUGGAGCGACACCCGACCCUGCGGCCCAAAAUGAGGGUCAUUCUGCUGGACUGGAUGAUGGAGGUGUGUGAGGUGUAUAAGUUACACAGAGAAACUUUUUAUUUGGGUCAGGAUUACUUUGACCGUUUCAUGGCGACGCAGGAGAACAUUCUUCAGAACACGGUGCAGCUCAUCGGCAUCUCCUCGCUCUUCAUCGCUGCCAAGAUGGAGGAAAUCUAUCCUCCGAAGGUGCAUCAGUUUGCAUACGUUACUGACGGAGCGUGCACAGAUGAGGAGAUUCUCAGUAUGGAGGUCAUUAUCAUGAAGGAACUGAAGUGGAGUCUGAGUCCUGUAACUCCGGUUGCCUGGCUGAACAUCUACAUGCAGAUGGCGUAUCUGAAGGAGACUGAGGAGGUUCUGCUGAUGCAGUAUCCUCAGACAACGUUUGUACAGAUCGCUGAGCUCCUGGAUCUGUGUGUUCUGGAUUUGAAGAGUUUGGAGUUCUCCAGCAGUGUUCUGGCAGCUUCGGCUCUGUUCCACUUCUCCUCUCUGGAGCUCGUCAUUAAAGUCUCAGGGCUGAAGUGGAGUGAUAUGGAGCGCUGUGUGCGGUGGAUGGUGCCGUUUGCCAUGUCGAUUCGGGAGGUGGGCAGCUCCACUCUGAAAACGUUUAAAGGAAUCCCAGAGGACGACGCCCACAACAUCCAAACACACGCUUCAUACAUCGACUGGCUGGGUCGGGCAUACGAAUACAAGCCAGUGGAUUUGGAACGCAGCCAGAGUUCUCCUGUACCCUCAGGAGUUCUAACUCCGCCCCCCAGCAGCGAGAAACCGGAAGGCUCCGCCUCCUGACCACGCCUCACUACACUCACUACAGUUGUGGGAUUGGAACGCGCACAUUAAUCGGAAUGUAACGGAGCAGCGGAGCAAUGCAAUUAUCAGAUCAACCCAAGCAUCAACACUUCUAUAAGCAUGCACACGUUUUUAUUCAAUAUCCAGACUUGAAGCCCUCAGAGGGAUUUUAUUAUUUUUGUGGGUUUUUAAAUUUUUGAUUUUUUUUUUUUUUAACCCCGGAGGCGCAAACGCAGACCCACCUGCCCAAACGUCAGAGCACCCGUCUGCCCUGACUGCUGCUAAAGGAGGCGGUGUGGGAGAUGUGCAGAGAAAUCAUCCACGCAUUAGGUCCAGUGUGAGAAUGAAUGAGUGUGUGUGUGGCUGUGCGUGUGUGUGUGUUCGCGUGCAAGAGAGAGAUUUUAGACUACAGAGGAAAUCCUGACCGAACUUUUGGAUUUGGAUUGGGCUUGUAACGUGGCUUCAGAAGCUAAAGACUUUUAUUUUAAAAUGUUGACUCCUGAGUGACUUUUUGCCAAAACUAUUUUUGUUUUUUAAAUGAGAUGCUGCUACUUUAAUGGCUUUAAUAUGUAAUAAAAGUCUAAACGCACA